AUGUACACCGAUUACGUAGCAACGCGAUGGUAUCGAAGUCCUGAGCUUCUCGUUGGCGACACCGUUUAUGGUCCCCCGGUCGACAUAUGGGCUGUCGGUUGCGUAUUAGCGGAGCUGAUCACCGGUGAACUCUUACCUCGACAUAUGUCUGCAUUUCGAUCCAAUCAAUUCUUCUUUGGGCUUUCCAUACCGGAACCUGAUCAACAGGAACCUCUGCCGUUACGGUUACCGAAUGCCACAAGUGUUCAACUCGAUUUUCUAUAUAAGUGUUUUGAAAUGAGCCCUGAUCGAAGGUGGAGUGCUGCUGAAUUGCUUCAACACGGAUACUUCAGUGGAUGGCAGUUACGGUUGAAACCUGAAGAAGUCGGUACACCGACUGUUAUGAAAAAG